AUGUCCAACAGUGCAAUUGCUGUCCGCCAUGACACAGAGAAGAAGAAGAUGGGGAUACUUAGCUGGGACGAGUAUACCAAGGCCGUGUCCCUAGAUCCUCACAAACUGAAACACCUUUCUAAUCGGGACACUUUUCAUCUCCCUAACUACACAGACCAGACAAAGAAGGAUGGAGAAUCAAUAGCGUCAAAACUCGCAAGGGAUUACUUCCAAAUUCCCCCCAGCCUUAUAAAAGAUGAUGUCAUCGAGAUACUGACCAAAGAGCUCGAAAAGAUCAAGAAGAAGAUCCGGGUAUUCUCCAGGGUUAAACUCAGGUCUUUGUUAUACAACCGGGCGAAGUCGCGUAAGAUCAAGAAAGUCGGAGGUGGCAGUUUCGUGGACGACCUCGAUGAUGUCCGAAAGCUGAUGGAAGACAGGAAUAUCACCGCGGACACCAUCGUUAAUAUCCACCAUGUCAUGUACGACGAAAUCACAAGAGAUGAAUUGGAAUCCAUCGCGGCGGAUGUUGCCAGAACAAUUGGGAUUGAAGUGGUGCACGGGGAUGGGCAAAUCUUGCAAUAG